UAACAUGGCGGAAUUAAAAAUGGCGGGGGCAUCUGCAGCUGGUGACUGCCCCAUGUCUCUGGAAAACUUCGUCAGAACUCACCAACUCCCCGCGGUUGUCAGGGUUACGGAGGGAAUCUACUCUACUGACGUCAUCAGCGACUUUUCUCUGGGGGACGUGAUAAAAAUUUUGCCGCCCAAAGGACAGUCCAGGCCGCGGGGGUACGACCCGGAUGGCGACGUUCCUCCUUUCGAUGAGGUCAACAUCGUGACAAAAGGGACCGGAGAAGUCAAGACCCACUCAGUCUACUCGGACCUCUAUGUCAGGCCCGUCCAUUCGAUUGACAGCACUGCCUUCCAACCUCCCAUGGACCUCCGCGAGCUACUAAGGAAAAGGGGCGCGGUCUUCCCCGUGGAUGUUGUCGUGACGGAGGGAGAAUUUAAAUCUGACAACGUCCGUUUGAAAGUUGGUAGCCGAUUGGUUGUGUACAAGGAAAAGACUGUCAAGGUGGUGUUGGCUGAAAGCGGGGACAGAAAGUUGGCAAUCAGGGAGGAUUAUCAGGGUAGGUUUCGGAUCAAACCAAAAAGAUACCUCUCUGCCUCCGACCUGUACUCCUCAGCCAUAGAUAAAGAAGUCAGAGUCUUGAGAUCCCCGAAGUUACUAGCAGACUGUAGACUGGAUGAAAUUGGCGUCGACGACGUACUAACUCCGACCAACAUCGUCGGGAAAACACCUUCGGCCUCGGGUUCCGAAGAACCGGUGGACUUCCUACUGUGCAUGCGCAUAAACAAGACUACAGGCGACAGAAUUCCGAUCCGAAUCCCCCUUUUCACCGACUGUUUGUUUGAGGAAUGCUUGGACGCUGAGAUCACUAACCACGGGCAAAGUCUGGGAUACACACUCGCGGAGCUCGUCCACAUGUUUCUCGUGGAGUUGCCGGUGAAUGUCGAGCUCGUCCGAAGUGAUCCGACCGUUCCCGAUGAUCAGCUGGUUACCAUCGGCACCAUAACUGUUCGGGGCGAGUACGCCGACACGUUCUUGGUGGCGAGAAAACGCGGAAGCGCAGACAAAACGACGGCGUUCGAAAUGCCAACACACGCCGAUAUCAAGGUCAAACUCUGCCAAAAGAGAGAUCACGUCAGCCCAAGAGUCGUUGCCCAACACCAGGCGAUUGAGUUUUUGCCUUUAGAUGUGUACAAUGAAAAACUGACGAAAGUUACAACGUACGAGAGUGUCUACACGCCACCUCCCCUGCCACCGCGCCCGUCUAACUUGCCUCACCAUCCAACAACAUCCACUGCUUCUAGCAACGAUCCUUCCAAACAAAACAUCCCAGCAGUGCCUCUACGGCGAGAUUCCCUUCAUAGAGGCCACCGACCUCCUUCUCACGAGAAAAGUUGGAGGCAGACAUCAUUCCACCCCGAUUCAGGACACUUAGACCACCGUCAGCUCCGCUCAACCAGACCGCUGUCAGCGAGCGACACCCACCUGCAGCCGCGCGUCAGCAGGACGCUUCCCGCGCAAACUACACCCACGGCCCGCGCUAGAGCUAAAGACGGGGGCAGUGCCCUAGUGCAGGGCAUGUCAAGAAUGUUCGGGGCAGUGACACGGAAGGUUGGAGAAGCAAAGGCACAUCUGAGGCACAGCAAGGAUUAACUAACGUCCACAGACAGACUAACCCAACACGGGCGGAAGGAUUGGAACGAAAAAAAAAAAUGGUCGAAGU